CAAUCAUGAAUAAAAAUUCUGUGUCAAAAUGGUGGUGGAGAAAAUCAUCAUCAACAACAACAAGAGAAGAAAAUCCAAGUUCAUUAAUCAAUGAUAACCAUGAUUUAUCUUCUAUGAUAGUUAAUCAUGGAGCAGAUGAAAAUGCUUCCAUUUUUACACUUUACUCUUAUAAUGAAUCCAUUCUUUCACCUUCUUCUAUCCUUGUUCAUCAUGGAACAACAAGGUCAGAACACUCUGAGGUGGCGUCUAAUGCUUCAAUUCUAAGUAAACCUUGGGUAUCAAAAGGACUUAUUAUGCAACAAGAAAAUGAAUCAUUAUUAAAUACAAACGAGCCUAAAACAAUAACAAUUGAGACAGAAGAAGAAGAAGAUAAUAAUGACGAUGAAGCUCCAGAUAUUAUUAUUUAUUCAAAAGAUAGUAGCAGUGAUGGUAUUUUAAAUUCAUCUUUACAGCCUUCUCCAAUAACAGCCACAGACCUUCCUCAAACAACAAAUAAAAGAAGACCGAGCUUAGUUGAUUAUUUAAUGAAUAAAAAGCCUUUACAUGGGAAAUUAAAGGCGGGACUUGUGGGUCGAUUUGUGAAAAACAAAAACUUUAAUAAUGAAAUCACUACUACAGACGUUACUUUAUCACUUAGAAAUAAUGAUAUCUGUUAACAAACACCUUAAUCAACUAUUAGCAUUUUCUUUAUUUUUAUCAUUUCAACAAUAAUCUUCUAUAGUAAUAUAUAUAUGUGUGUAUGUAUGUGUGUAUGUAUGUGUGUAUGCAUGUGUGUAUAUAUGUGUGUAUGCAUGUAUGUAUAUGUGUAUGUCUUUGCUUUAUUUCCCCUCCUUUUUAUUAUUAUUAUUAUUACUAUUAUUUAAACAUGUCUGUUGACAUUGAACAUUUCACCAUCGGACCAUAUACAGAUAACCAAAC